AUCAGCGUGACUUAUGCAGAGUUCAUAAUGUUCCGGUUGUUCGUCGGUAUUAUUUUACUUUCAUCAGCACAAGCAUCAGAUUCAUCAAGUUCGUCUUCAGAAACGUUAGACGAUUUAACUUCAAUAUUGGAUAGACUAUCAAGUGCUGAGUCAGAGUUAAGCGAUGAAGAAAAUAAAAGUCACGAAAUGAAGUACUAUUACAGUUGGUUAUUUAAACAAGACAAGAAACGUUUAGCUGAUUUAUUCCAUAAGGAAAUCAGCAAAGAAGAGAAAGAUCAAGUCAAAUUCUUUGAAAAUGUACUACAAUAUGUGAAACAAGUUGGCAAAACGUAAUAGAUAUAUGGACAAGAAAAAUAACAAGUAUGUUCCAGUAUAAUAAAUAUAUUGUGUA